AUGCGCUUCUCCAACACCUUGGCCGCUCUCUGCUCGGCCGCUGCAGUUACCGCACUUGCUCUCCCCCAGCAAAUGACCGUGGUCGUCCCAGUUUUCACAGUCAUCAACUACCAGGGCGGCGGCGGCAUCUUGCAAUCUCUUGGUCUUGCCGAUCUCGACAACGAGAUCAACAAGUUGAACACCAGCCUCACCAACUUCAACGCGGCCAGCCUGCAGUCCCAGACGGGCGGUGUCGUCGGCAAUGCUGUCGGCGGUGUCAAGGGUCUUCUUAGCUCCCUUGGACUCGGCAACACAGCUAACGUCGCGGCCACCAACUCACUCAACAAUGUGCUCGCCCAAGUUCUCAACCCGAUCCUCAACGGACUGAGCACCACCGGCGGCAUCCAGAACGCUUACGCAAAUGUCUUCAACCAGCUGAACAACUUCAACGCCAACGGCCUCGCGCUCAACCCCGAGCAGUUGCAGCUGGUCAACGCCUACCUGGCCCAGUACCAAGUGCGCCUCCAGCAGCUCAUCGCUCUCAUCCAGGCCAGACAGGCCGACUUCGCUGCCCUGCAAAGCGGCUCUUUCCCCCAGACUACCCAGGCCGCCAUCACCAGCCUGCUCGGAGGCGCGAACGCCCCAACUUCCCUGGACAGAGUCAGGGCCUUCCUUUCUCAGUUGAACGUCAACAACGACCAGCUCCUCGGCGGUUCAACCAGCCUGCUCUCCCGCAUCGCUCCCACCCUUCAGCAAGCUGUUGCGAGCGUCAACAACGCAAUCCAGAACCUCAUCCGCGUCACCAUCCAGGUCUACAUGGUCCCGGUCUAA